GUGGAGGAGGCGGGGUCUGGGGGGGAGGAGGCGGGGUUGAGCGUGCCCCUGUGCCGCCUCAUGUGUACCCUGCCCUGGGAGCAGGAAAGGAGCCUCCGGCGGCGGCAACCAUGUCUGAGAAUGGCGCCUCAGCUCCCCCCGUCCCCAACGGCGAGUGUGCCGCGCGCCCGCCCGGCAACAAGGUGACCGUGGUGCUGGGGGCCCAGUGGGGCGACGAGGGCAAGGGCAAGCUGGUGGAUCUGCUGGCGCAGGACGCGGACAUCGUCUGCAGGUGCCAGGGAGGCAACAAUGCUGGGCAUACUGUUGUUGUAGAUUCUGUGGAAUAUGAUUUUCAUCUCUUACCCAGUGGGAUCAUCAAUCCAAAAGUCAUUGCAUUCAUUGGAAAUGGUGUGGUGAUUCACUUGCCAGGACUGUUUGAAGAAGCAGAGAAAAAUGUAAAAAAAGGAAAAGGACUAGAAGGCUGGGAAAAACGAUUAAUAAUUUCUGACAGAGCUCAUAUUGUAUUUGACUUUCAUCAGGCUGCAGAUGGCAUUCAAGAACAACAAAGACAAGAGCAAGCAGGAAAGAACUUGGGAACUACUAAAAAAGGGAUUGGUCCAGUGUAUUCUUCGAAAGCAGCUCGAAGUGGGCUCAGAAUGUGUGAUCUUGUUUCCGAUUUCGGUGAAUUUUCUGAGAGGUUCAAAGUGUUAGCUAACCAGUACAAAGCUAUAUAUCCAACCUUAGAGAUAGACCUUGAAGGGGAAUUGAAAAAACUCAAGGGCUACAUAGAAAGGAUUAAACCAAUGGUGAGAGAUGGUGUUUAUUUCAUACAUGAGGCUCUACAUGGACCACCAAAGAAAAUCUUAGUAGAAGGUGCAAAUGCAGCAUUACUGGACAUUGAUUUUGGGACGUAUCCUUUUGUGACCUCUUCGAAUUGUACAGUUGGAGGCGUUUGCACAGGUUUGGGUAUGCCACCUCAGAAUGUUGGGGAAGUAUAUGGAGUUGUAAAAGCAUAUACAACCAGAGUUGGAAUUGGUGCCUUUCCUACAGAACAAGAUAACGAAAUUGGAGAAUUGCUGCAGACACGAGGUAAGGAGGUUGGCGUGACCACUGGUAGAAAAAGAAGAUGUGGCUGGCUGGAUCUUGUGUUACUCAGAUACGCCCACAUGAUUAAUGGAUUUACUGCAUUGGCUGUAACAAAAUUGGAUAUCUUGGAUGUAUUUCCAGAAAUCAAAGUUGGAGUUGCUUACAUACUAAAUGGUGAAAUCAUACCUCAUUUUCCUGUCCACAAUUCUUGACAUCUGGGAUGCACUCCUCUCUGCAGUUCAUGGAGGCGGAUCAGAGUUUUAGAGCCUCAUGGUCAGGCCACCCCCUCUCAACUCCUGCUUGCUUCUAGUUUCUGUUUCUCUGUGGCAGCAUAUGGAUGGUGGUUUUUACAGCUGCUGCUUUCACAUCUGCCUAAAGGGGGUGCUUUUUUGUCAAAAUUUGGGGCAGUAGUGAGUAGUGGUCUUCCUCCCUGCCCCUACUCCCCCAGGCCAUUUUUAGCCAGAUGUUGGAACACCUGGAACAUCAGCUGCAGUGCUCCAUACUGGCUCCUCUGCACCUUCCAGGUAUAGUAGAGCAGUCUAAAAAGCAACAAAUGAAAUCCAAAUGGUGCUCCAUCUGUGAGACUGCAAGCUCAGCAGAUGUUGAAUUGUACUCCUCCUCUACCCACCUGAGCAUCUGCAGCUCCAAUGUGGGAAAAAUGGACCAGGAGUCUAUGGGCAGAGCAGGGAAGAACUCUAAGGAUGAGGAGGACCUCAGUCAACUCUGGGUAGCCCCAGGGGCCCCCUGGGGAACAAAAGGCAGACUUGCAGUGUCUCACUCCCCCUACGCCAUUCUAAAAUUGGUCUAGAGCACCCUGGGAAAAGAAGCAGAGCUCAGAAGCACUCUCUCUAUCCUUCCCAGUUUGGCCAGGAGGGCUUUGGAAAGGGUUCCCCUUCCCCUUCCAUGACGGAAUCAGACCCAGCAGGCGAGGACUCAGAAAGAGCUCUCAGGAGAGGAUUUCAGGCUCUCAGCACGGCUAGCUGCAAAAGGCCUCACCAAAGCUGUGACAGAGCUUGUAAGCUCUCAAAGCAAGCUAAAAAAAGCUAAUAAAUCAAAGUGGGAAAAGGGUAAGGAAAGGUGUAGAAGAUCUAAAAGGUAUGACUCCUCUGACACCUUUUCCUUCCCCUCCUCCACAGAGAAUGGUGAAUUGUUGGACUCUGUCUCCAAUCAAGACCAGGGAAAGACUCAGCAAAGCUUUUCCCCCUGAGAAAUUAAAGGCCAAUUCCAAGAGUAAGCCCCUGAGCAAAUUUCUCCCCUCAAAACCUCCCGAGGCUGUGAUUCCCAAUUACUUCUUCAAAGGAGGAGUAUAGGAGAAUGAAUGAGAUAAGCCAGACAAAGGCAAGCACAUUAACAGAAAUGAUCUUAUAUUCUAUAAGAUUCAGGAACCAAAAGUCCCGAUUAUGGAGAUACCAAAGGUUGAUGCUACAUCGUAUCCCUGGUUAAAUGUAUAGUUAUCCCCUCAGAAGUGGAAUUCUAAAGACCCCACAGAGAGUUGCCUCCAUUUUUCUUGCAAAGAUUUUUGAGGCUGUCUCAGCCUCCCUCAGGGCAUUCUUAGCUGCUGCUUGUUUUGUGAGAGCAUCUUUCUCCUGACUGGAAGAUCUCAGAGCCCUCAAGUAUCAAAAUCACCCUGACUUUGGCUUUGUUUUAAAGAAAGCUUCCCUGGCAACAGCGUCAGGAAGCUAUGACAUUCUUGGACAAAGCCCUGGCCUCCAUCUCAGUGACCAGGUGCCUCCUAUGGUACCAUCCCUGGAAGAUGGAUAGCCACUUGAAGCAGGUUCUGUGCUCUGCCAAAUUCAUGGGAAGCCUUCUGAGAGAAGCUAGAUAAGGUAGUGGCAGACAAAACCGCAAGAUCUAAACAGUCCUCUCGAAUGCCAAACCAUGCUUUUGAGAGAAAGUACAGGCUGGCCAUCAGGCAAAGGCAUUCCUUUCAGCCUUCAUCCUUGUGGAAAUGACAGCAGGUUCUCCAGAGGAAAGGCUUGGAACUGUGGCUUGGGAAGAAAGCCCUGGAGGAAUGGGUUACUUUGACCAUGGAUGGACCAGUGGGUCAGGAAGAUAUAUAGUGAGUCAGAAAUAUUCCAAGUUAUGGGCUCCACCCAAUCCAUUUUUCAUCGAGUCCCCAAUCUUGAAUGAUCCUGUAAAGUGCAGUCUAAUCCAGAAUGAGAUUUCUCACCUCCUGGAUAUGGGAGUAAUAGAGAGUGUUUCCUGAGAAGAAAGAUUCUUAGGGUUCUACUCCAUCUUCUUUAUUGUUCAGAAGUGUACGGGGGAAUCUGUUAUAGAUAUCAAAAAGCUCAACAAGUGGAUAAAGAAAACAAAGUUCCAGAUGGAGACCCUAACCUCUACAAUGUCAGGCCAGGGGGCCAUUCUGACUUCAGUGAAUCUGGUGGAUGCAUACCUCCACAUCCCUAUCAGACAAUGCCAUUGCAGGUUUGUAAGUUUUGCUUAUGGCAGGAGGUAUUAUCAAUAUCUCUGAUUAGGCUUGUCCUCGCCCCCCUAGGUCUUUACAAAGAUGUUGGAGAUAAUCAUAGCAAACUCAGGUCACAGGGAAUCCACAUGUAUCCCUUCCUAUAUGACGUCUUAACCAGAGCUCCAUCCCCAGCAGCUGCACACAGAGCUAUGUCUCUGACCUUGAAUCUGCAGGCUCAUGGCUUUAUUAUCAAUGUCAAGAAAAGUUCCUUGAAUCUGUCCACCCAGAUAACUCACUUGGAAAUGGACACAGACACUUUGAUGGCAAGGAUACAUCCAUCUCUAGAGAGGUUCCAGAAAAUUCAAGACUUCCUCACAUUGUUUUAGAACUGCAAGAGGCUAGCCAUUGCACUGAGCCUUCUUGGGCACAAUCACACAUCUGAAGCCUUCCAGGCUUCAUCUUAAAUGUAUGGUACUACUUCCCAGAAUGCUUGAAAGAUCAAGUAAGGGUUCUGGCACAGGUGAUCAACUCCUUAAAAUGGUAGUCAACCUAGGGCAGUACCUGCAAGGGUGCUCAUACGCCUUCCAGAUUCCCCUGAUCCUCACAACCAGUGCCAGGCUGGAGGACUGGGGAGCACACCUGGGGUCCCAAACAGCUCAAGACAUCUGGAACCUGGAGGAAGAGACCUAUAACAUAAACCUUCUAGAACUAAGAGCUGUCAAGCUGGUGCUACAAAUGUUCCAGUUCAGCCUAGAAGGGAACCAGUCCUGAUUAGGUCAGACACCACCAUCACUGUCACAUCUGUAUGACCAAGGUGGUAACAAGAAGGGCAGUGCAACAUGCUGAAGCAAAGGAAAUCACACAGAGGGCAGAACAUUCUUUCCUCUCCCUCAGGGCAGCUCACAUAAAGGGAGAUCUGAACCAGAAGGUGGACUGGCUCAACAGGAGCAAGGUGAACCACUCCAAAUGGUGCAUGAAUCAGGAAGUCUUCAAAUUGUCCAGUCGUUCAGCCUGCUCUCGACCAACCUAUUCACAAACCACAUGAAUGCAAAGAGACUAAAGUACUUUGCUAGGGAAAUAGACCCCAACUUCCCUGAGGACAGAUACCCAGUCACACAAAUGGCUACAGGGCCUCCUCUGUGCAUUUCCACCCUUCUCAUUAUUAGGGAAGGUGGUCUAGAAAAUAAAAUGAGAACAGGUGACAGUAAUAUUGGUAACACCCCAUUGGUCAAGGAGACCCUGGUUUUCGGACCUGGGAGAGCUGAAAUUGGGACCACCACUGCAGCUCCCAAAGAGACAAGGCAUCCUCUCACAAGGUCCUCUUCUUCAUCUGUAACCAAAUUAGCUGCAUCUAACAGCCUGGUUAUUGAAAGGGAAGCAGUGGUAUCAUUGUCUGUCCUCCAAAGCCAUCAGAACGCUUCUUUCUUCUAGAAGAGUACUGACUUGAAAGCAUACUCCUCUCCUGGGACCUAGUUUUGCAGCUGAUGCCAGGAAUGUGAAGCAAACCCUAGAAAUCCAAGACACAACCAGAAUUCUUGCCUUUUCUCCAAAAAGGCUUUGACAAAGGUCUCUAACCUAGCACCACUGCAUGUCUGGUGUCUUCCCUUAAUUGUGUGAUAUUCAUAUAAUUCCCAAGUUCUCUGGCAGAGAACCCCCAGGUAGCCAGAUUGCUUAGGGCGAUCCAGUCAUCCAAGCCAGCAAUUAGACCUCUCUUUUCCCAAGUGGGCCACUUGUACAGAGAGCCCUGACAAAGGGUCCCGUGGUUCCCUUGACGUCAAUGUCAGCAUUUUAUUUGUCCAUCACAACUUGCUUUCUGAUAGCCUUCGCGUCUGCCAGACAAGUGUUGGCGCUAUCAGCGCUCUCUAUGCAGGAAUCUUACUGCGUGUUUCAUGGUGGUCAGAACUCAAAAAUCAUUUUUCCCUGAAGGUGAGGUGGUCUUUCCGCUCUUCCCAAGAGGUGAUUCUACCUUCAUUCUGUCCAAGGCCACAGCAUCUCACUGAGAUGUGGCACACCUUAGGUGCCCAAAGGGUUCUGAAAAUGUACCUCAAAGGUACGGACUCCAUAAGGAGAUCAGGUGUUCUGUUUGUGUCCUUGGAAUUUUGGCUGAAAGGAUUAGGAGCUUCCAAGUCCUCUAUUGCUUGGUGGGUUAGACUAUGCAUUGUGGAAACAUACAAGGCAUCAGAGAUCCUAGUUCUAGAAGGAAUCGGAGCACGCUCCACGCGAUCCCUGAUGACCUCGUGGGCAGAAAGCGGUAAUGAAUUCACAAUGGAAAUCUGUAAGGCAGCCACCAGGUCAAAUGCACCUUUAUCACGCACUGCACAUCCUAUCCUCUGCAGAGGCAUCCUUUGGCAGGAAAGUGCUGCAGGUGCUUGCCCGGAUAUGAUUUUGGCCUUUGAGAAAAUAUUUAGAGAUGGGUAGGGAUACAGUUUUUCUUUUUCUGACCUUUUUCUAUAACCCUCUCUACAUCUGUUCACUGCUCGCUACUUCCUAAACGUCAGGAAUUGUGGGAGAUGCUGGGAUGCGGAACAGACAAUGUCUUACUGAUUAUUUCCUUUCUGCUAGCCGCAUCAUCUCCCACAAUUCUAUUCACCAUGGAUGGCUCAUGAGUCAAGAGUCAGAUAUUAAGCAGAAUUGUUACCAUAAGACCAUCUUCCUUGGUCUAAUGUACAUAGUUAUUUUUGUUAUCUCUAGAACAUUUUGUUAAUAAUGUUAUGAAAGUUUUACAGCUUGGGAAUAACUCAUCUGGAGGCAAGCAGGAGCUAAGGGGGCAUGGCCAGAACAUGCGGGUCCAAAACUCUGAUCCGCCUCCAUGAGCUGCAGUGAGAGGAGAGCAGCCCAGACAUCAAGAAUUGUGGGAGACAUUGCUAGCAGAAGGGAAAUUAUU